CGUGUUUCGAAGACAGCUCCCGCCUCUGAGAGAAACGUGGUAUGGGAGAUGCUCCACAGUGCCGAGGCCCAUUGCUUUUGACAUCAUGCCGGAAAAGGGAGAAACCAGUAUUAUUAAACAGCAUCCCCCUCGAAGACCUCAAGAUCCUCUCCUGCACCAUUGAAGUCAAGGGGAGUCCUGCUGCCGGCUUCAGCAGGGGCUCUGCAGCUCUAAGGACAGGGAAUUUCCUCCCUUUCCAUCUCAGCUUCCUUCAGUCUCCGCUGAACCUCCAGGUGGACAAAGUGACAGAGCUCGGUGAAUUCAGGCGCCCACUGGGACUGCAUCUGCAACCUUCUGCUGCUCUCACAAAGAUCACUUCGAAGGGCUCUGCUCUCCCAGCCCUUGCUUUUCAUAUGGCUCCUCUCUUAUUUGCUUUUAGACCUCAUCCUGACUGAUGCUGUUUGCUCCAAUUGUUUCUGUUCUUGGCCCAAUUCUGAAGACUUUGAAACUCAAGGCGAUUUGGGCUUUGAAGGGACAAAAACUGAGAAUCUACAUCCAAAUAGAUUCUCUGAGGGGCCAAAUUCUGCUCCCCUCACUUGCCUGGGGAGAGCAGGCUCGGAGAACUGCUGGGAUGCUAAAGUCAGUGGCAUGUGCUUGUGCAUUCAAUAAGCAUUUAAAAAAGGAAGAUCUGCCCACUGAACUUCUUGAGACUCAUUGCCUCUAGCCUCACAACAGCGCGGUGACGACGAGCCAGCUAUGGCAGGCCAAAGGGGCCCCAGCCGCAGCUCAGCUACUUAGCUGAGAAGCGUUCCCAGGGGGCUGACAACUGAGUAGGAGCCCCCAGGUCUCCUAGAUAGAGCGGAGUAGGUGGGUUUGGCUGGAGUGUCCCACUGCUCUGGUGCUUCCCAGGAGGCAGACUGGUUUCUCGGGUCCAUUAGCAGUUGCAUGCGAUUUAGAGCAGCCAUGUGGUUGCUGCAAGUUGCAUCCAGGGCCAUGCUGGUCUUGACCACCCCAGGCUUGGAGAGCAGGCUCUACCUUGGACCUGCAUGGAGCAAACAUCUGCCAAACCUGAAGAAGCCAACCCAGUUUCACUGGCCACCAACUAGCAAAAGAGUAGCGAUGCAGUUUGGAAGGGCAACGUGUGCGAAUGACACUGCUGCUUCUCUUCUGAUACAGAAGCUUGAACCUAUUGACCUGCCGCCAGUGAUCACUUCAGAGGCACGCUGGAGACCGCAAGAGCAGGAAGCAGCACAAAAAGCAAAGGACUGGGAGAAGAGGGUACAGGCCGUGACACACGCCACAGGAAGACGACAGCACUUGCACAAGCUGCAGAUGUUAGAAAUGAACCGCAAGCGACAAGAGGCAGAGCUGAAGCGAGGGCACCACAGGGAGGCAAAACUCAAACAAAAACCAGAAGAGCUGAAACCUGAGAAAGUGCAUGGGAGGAUCUGGAGAAACAAUAGCUCUGACAGCGAAGACCGGGGCCCUGUCGAGCCUGCUCAAGCUUACACCAAAGACCACAGUAAGUAGAGCCACUUUUCUGUUGAAAAUUACCAAGCAUUUUAAGCACGGUCAAAUAAGCUUUCUUGUGAGAAAGCCAGUGACUGCCAGCCCUAAACACCUGCAGCUGUUCGGUCUCCCGGCAUCUCACCUUGUGGAGAUGGAGGUUGAAAGGGCUGUCAGGGAAGCAGAGCCAAAUGCGGUAGGUUUGCAAUGCGCUGGGAAGCCUCAGAAAGGCAAAGAUCUCUGUGUUCAGUGGUGGAAGACAGCAGAUAUCAAUACUAAUGGUUUCUGAACGUGCCUCUUGAGAACCAUGAGCCCGAGCUUAGGGCCUAUACAGCUUGGUGGGAGAAAAAAGCAUCUGGCAGGCUGCUGAAGCUGUCAGGAGGGGUUUGCAUUGUGUCCUCACCACAGCUGUACACACAGUCUCGCCACCUGUCCUGGUGCUGCCUGCUUAAAGUAGGGAUUAUCCAUGCGAGACCCCGAGUGGAGGUGUUAAGGAUCGUGAAGGAUAAAACGUUGAUAUCUGCUGACUUUGGCAUUCAGCCUGAAGCCCUCUCUAGGAAUCCAGCUCCAGAGUGUAAACUCUUCCCUUUUGGAUAGAGCCAGCAGUGAGACUCCUCAUGGUAUUUGCCUGGCCCCUCUCUCACGCAGAUGUGAGGAAACACUGAAAUCCAGGGUGCUUUCUUCCCUUACAGAUACUAGUACAUGCUGCAGCAACGACAUCAAAUGCUAAGCGGCCAGAGCUUUGGUUCCAAUACAGCCUUUCUGUGCCACUCUGGCAAUGCAAAGGACCAUAGAGUUGACAUAAUAGGACAGCUGAGGGUUUCUUUUUUCCUUCCUUUGCCCUCCCACCUUAAUGGCAAGUUGCAGACAUGUCUAGAAAAGGGCUAAUGCUGUCGGUCGUAGUGCUUGCAAUCUAGUGAUCCAUACCAUGUGUGAUGGCAUGUGGUGGGCUUUUCCAAGCCAGUGUACAUUAGAGCAGCUCCAAGGCUGCUUUACUCUAUGACCAGGGUUAAAACCAACCAGCAGCACCCAAAGGAAUCAGAGAUUAUAGGAGUGAUAUAAUUCCCAUGCCCCCUCUUCUUGGGUUGUGUCCUGGAUACAGCUUGGCUGGCUCCACGGACUAUGCCCAAUAACACUCUACACGAGUGAUGCAGUGUUGCCCUCAGAUAUUCUUACCUCUAAAGCCCUAUGACAGUUUUUGGCUUAUAAAGACGAUCCAUUGCUUGUUAAAAGACCUUUGGUUCACUUUGCUUUCAUCACAGAACUGAGCUAGCAUGGCACUCGCUUCACUGUACCAGAAAGACAUCCCAAGGAGGGAAGACAAAGCAAAGCACCCACUUAUCAGUAAAGAAAAUAGCUUAGCUUUGUGGGCAAUGGCCAAGUUCCUUCCUGGUGGAAGAAUGUGGACCUCUGGUGUGUAAAGCGCCGGUGGGCUGGUAAAAGUUUCACAUGCUGUUUUCACGUGAAUAUCUGAGCAUGUGCACCAAACCAGUGGGGGGCCAGACUUAAGCUCUAUGCCCUCCUUGAGUUCCACUCCUGUUCCCUUCUUCUGCCCGAUUUGCUGCUCUGCUUUCUGCUCCCUGUCCUGUCUGCUGCUGUGUGGCCAACCUGCUUCCUAAUCCGCCACAUGCCACAUACACAAGCUGCCGGUGCCAGUUCAGGCACCCAUGCUGCAGGUUGGCCACCUCAGAGCUAAGCCACCGGACCAAUCUUCAGCUGAAUUGUAUCACUGACCUCUGUAGAGCCACUGAAAUUGCAACAGGGCUGCAGACUGUGAAGUCUACAGAAAUAAUUCAACCCAAACUUCAGGGAACUGAGACUAAAAAUGCAGCAUGGGGAAGAACCCUUGAAAAUGUUAAGAUACAAAUAAGGGGAAACAAACGGGGCUCCAUUCUGUACCUGUUUGUGGCCUGAUCAUGGCAGCAGGCUUUUCCACCUCUCUGCAUUGCACUUUGCUAGGUAUUCUGCAUUUCUCUCAUUUUCUAUGGGCAGUAAAGCAGUCAGGGCAUGGGAAAGCAUGCCCGUAUAACAGGGAGUCUGAAGAGUUAUUGGAAUGAUCUUUUGGGUUGCUUUCCUUUAGUCUGUUCAAUGCUUACAUCUGCUGAUCAGCCUUUGCUGGUCCAUCUUUCUUUCACCUCCUUCUCUUCCUCCUCAGUGCUUAGCUGCAGUGACAAAGCAAUCAACUUUCACGGAGCAGAAUCUAGUCCCAGAUACUCCACAGAUUUCUAAAUCCAGUUUCCUAUACCUGCCACAACUGGGCCAUGGGGAGUCGAGCCUUGUGUUUAGGCCCCAGGUCAGGAAUUUGGGUCCAGCGUUGGGACUCAAAACAAGGUCACAGCUAGGGUUUGGAGCCAGUGAUCCUACUGAUGAAUGGGUGUAGAAGAUGUGGUCAGGAACAGACCAGUGUCAGGAGGCCAAAGUCAGGAAGCCACAGAUCACACCAGGGUAAGGAGCUGAGAACUAAAGCCAGGAGCAAGGUAAGGGUCAGAAGCCUGACACCAAUGAACAAGGGACCAGAGCCAAGGCCAGGUGCAGGGCACAGGACAACAUGCAAGCUUCCCUGGAGACAUGCAGGCAGCGUACCACUGUUGGCCCUGCUGGCUUUAAGGUUGGGUUUGGGGCAGGGUCAGCUUCCUGCCAGUGCAGCAGCCAAACAUUGGCUCCCACAAGGAUGACUCGUCCCCCACUGGAGCAGAGACUUGUCACAAUAUUACUUCCUGUUCUUCUUUGUGAAGCAAGGAGGGCUCCUUAGCUGUGUUGAGAGGCAGGAGAAACACCAUGGGAACAUGGUUAUGCAGAGCCUGGGGCUUCCUCCCAAACUGGCAGCAAUACAGCUGCAUUCCUGUAACACUGGGAAGAGCCACACUGUCUUGUCACUAGGAACCUGCCUGGCACAGUGGGACUAUUUGGAUUUGGGUCCAGCCAAGCAUUCUCUUUCCGGGAUUCUUUGGGACCAUGGCCCUAAAAUUCAAGCCUGCUGGUAGCGUUAAGGUCAAAGCUGGUUGCCCACUGUGCAGCAGAGCUCUUUUGGAGACCAUU